UCUGUAUCAGGCUUCUUUGGCAAGAAGACGCUUAGUGAAAUGUUCUUUAGUUUUGAAUCAUUCACUGUCCCAACUAUCAUCUACCGCAUUGAUUUUUCGUCUUUAAACAAGACAUCGGGGUUCAACAUUGCUGAUGUGCCGUAUUUCUCUAUCAGUCGUCUGCUCGUCGUAAAGCACUUCAAAGGAAUCAUUGCUUGUGCUAAUCUCCGUGGUGGAAGUGAGUACGGAGAAAAUUGGCAUAUGGACGGGAUGAGGGAGAAGAAACAGAACGUUUUCGACGACUUUAUCUCCGCUGCUGAGUAUUUAAUCAACAAUAACUACACCUGUAGCAGAAAAUUGGCUAUUCAUGGUGGUUCGAAUGGUGGUUUAUUGGUGGCGGCAUGCUCACAACAGCGCCCUGAUCUGUACGGAGCGGUGCUGAAUCGUGUAGGUGUUAUGGAUAUGCUACGAUUCCACAAAUUUACUAUUGGAGGUGCUUGGGUGCCAGAAUAUGGUAAUCCUGAUGAAGAAAAAGAUUUUGAAUUUAUCUACAAGUAUUCUCCUCUUCACAAUAUCCGUUUUCCUCCAAAUGGGCAGUGGCCGUCCACCCUUAUGAUGACAGCCGACCAUGAUGAUCGGGUGGUCCCUAGCCACACAUUAAAGUAUGCGGCAACAUUGAUGGAGAAGUGUCGAGAGAGCUUGCAAAGUGUAGACUUCGAUGAGCUCAGUUGA